AUGACAGUCCAAGAGUUGGUGAUUAACAUUGGAGACGAAGAUGAUUUGGAGACACCAGAUUCCGUGAGAAAGCCAUAUCGCUCUGGUGGUUUGCUAACUCUUGAAGACUUCCGAACCGCCACUGGUGCAGAUUGCUUUGCAGCUUUGAUGCGAGGCGGUGGCGCUGGUGGUGGCUUAGUUGACGACGAGGCUUGUGGAGUAGGAGUCACAUCAGGAACUGAUAUAGGAGACUUCGGCGAUACCACUGAAGGUGGUGUGGGUGGUUUUGGCGAGACCGUCACUUGUGGCGGGGUUUUGGGUGAAGGAGUUAUAACCCGUGGAGGUGUAUGA